AUGGUGCCUGAACAGUCGUCCCAGGCCUUCAACCGCGACUCCAACGCCGUGUCGAUGGACACAACCACGACGACAUCCUCUCCUCUUCCCCCGCCGCCCACGCAGCAACCGCCGCAGCAACAAAUCCCCAGCACCCAGCCGCAGCAGCCUCAGAUGCAGGGCCAGUUCCAGCCCGCCUACUUCCAGCAGUAUCCCGGCUCCUACGGCCAGCCCUUCCAGUCCUACAACGCCCAGACGCUGCCCCAGGGCCAGUUCCAGCCGGCGACGGCCGCGCAGAUUCAGCAGUAUCAGCAGUUCCAGCAGCAGCAACAGCAACAGCAGCCUGCGUACGUCGCCAACGCCGUCAAGGCCUGGGUGUUGACCAGGAUCGCCCUCCAUGCGGCCGACAUCAUCUGCUGUAUCGUGGCCAUUGGCAUCAGCUUCAGCGUCGGCACCUUCAGCGAGACGGGCUACGUCUUCACGCUCUGCACGCCCAUCUUCUUCCUCGCCCUCAUCUGGGAUCUCGCCGAAAUCAUCACCUGGUUCUGCCGCAAGCGCAAGGCAGGCAUCCACCCGGGCGCCCACGUCGGUGUCUCGCUGAUCAUCUGGCUCGGCGCCGCCAUCGUCGGCGGCAUCCAGUCCGCCUUUGUCGCCUACGUCGUCAACGACAGCAGUGACUGCUGGGACUACGAAUCGCAGUCGUACGAGUCCUGCUCCAGCUCCAACUCUUACGACGGCCGGGCCGGCCUCUUCACCGCCGUGGCCGUCUUCUCGUGCCUCGUGUGGCUCAUCCACUUCACCCUGUUCGUCAACGGCUGCAUCGAGACCGCUCGCCGCAACCGCUCCCGCCGCGUCGUCACCGUCGUUGCGCCGCCCUACUGGGGCCCCAUGGCCCAGGGCUGGCAGCCAAUGCCGCAGUGCCGCAGCCCAACAUUCCUCUUCAGAACAGAAGCCCGGCGGAGCAGCAGCCGACCGGCAACGGCAAGCAGCCAGAGCAGCCGAUUGUGA